UGGAAACAAAAACAAAAAAGCCAAAAAAGCAAUUUUCAUUCAUCAGUUUCUUUUUCUACAGAUUUUUACUAAAGUCCACCUUUUAAUAGGUAUGAAAAUUAGGGAAUAUGGAUUUCGAUGAAUUGUGGACAAACGACGAUAGAGAUUUCAACAAUGAACGGCGAACAGAUCAACGGCCUGUGGAGGUCGUGCCAGAAGAACUGGAUGAUGCCUAUGCUCAUGAAUAUUUCCAUAAAUUCGAAACGAAUCCAAACUACGACAGAAAUGAAUACGAUGCAUCGUACAAAUCUAUCCGAGCGGUUCGGAAAUAUUGCCAAGAGAGAGGUUUGCCGUACGUGCGCCACAACGGGCACCAAAAAGCUGGUCGACAAAUAAAAGAAGCUUGCGGCUGCCGGAAGCUGUGCCACCUCAAAUUUCCAGAUGAUUUACGCACAAAGCUGCUGAACAAUCUAUUGGAACUGUCUGCAUCAGCGCAGAAGGCGUUCCUGAUAUGCCACAUCGAAUCCCUUCCACCGAAUCACGAGAAUCAGAGGAAAUUCUAUCGGCAUUACUAUUUUCCAUCCAACUCUGGACGUGUAAAAAUAUGCAGAUUGAUGUUCACAAACACCUAUGACUUGACCGACAAAAGUCUUAGAACGUUAAACCGAAAGGCAGAGUCCGGGGCCUUCGAUAAUAUGAUAAAGGAGUUAAUGCCAAAGGCUUCAGCCGCAUUAUCGGAACAAGAGGAAUCAGGCUCCGAAGUUGAUCCAAAUGAAACGAGUUCAAACCGUUACUCAAAUCCUAAUGAGUACUCUAGCGGGACGGACGUUAAUGAAACAGUUUCCACUGAUCCAGAUCCAGAUGAAUCAGAACAAAACAUUUUCACAGAAAAAACAGCAGAGAAUGGUUUAGACGUCGAUCUUAUUCGAUCACAAGGCCACGCAGAUGGCCAAUCAGAGCCAUUUUCAAACGAGGAUUUUUUGGAGCGCUACUUCUAUCAGUUGUAUGGAGUUGGUGCUAGUGAGGAAGAGAAGCCUAGCAGCUCGCGUUAUAUCAGCGAUACUCCUUCAGAACCAUGCUCAUGCGUCAUGUUCCAUUGUUUCCGAUGGUUCACCGAAGAUUUACGCCAGAAGGUUUACAAUUACUACAACAGGAUGCCGCAUGCGAAACAGAUUCAAUUUUUAAAAGAUCACACACAAAGGGUUUCCAGGAAGCGACCAAAAAAGGAAACUUCAAGACGUAAUUUCAGCCAACUCUAUUUAAUACCUACGCCAAAUGGGAAAGUAAAAGUUUGUAGAGUGAUGUUUCUGAACACGCUUAGAAUCAACGAGUAUAAAGUUAGAAGUGUGAUGAAUGAAGAUUUGUCAGAGUCACCAUUAAAAACAAAUGAAGCAACUCAAAAUGAUGAUACUUCAAAGCGGAAGACCAGUAUUUUUGCAUUUGACCCGUCAUUGAAAGAUCCUUUAUCCUUAACUGACACGGAUGUUUCCACUAGUAAGAGACAGAAAUUAUGCACCCAGACUGGCGAAUCAAACAGCGCGAAAGCACCGACCAUUCCAAAAACAAAACCAAAGAAAAGUUUUCCAAAAGAAGAGACAAGCAGCCAUUCCGAUAAAGGUAGCCAGAUGAAGAGCAUCAAUGAAGACGAAGGUGCCCCUUCGAACGCUGCUUGCGGAAGAUAUAAACCCCUACAGCCACCUGAGGCGGAACUCGAUGAUACUUUCCUCAACGAAUACUUUAUUCGAUAUGAGACUAGCGAUGACCAAGCGGUAACUAUACCCCCCAAUGUUAGGAGAACUUGGGUGCAGGUCGAUGAAAGUGGACCGGCCCCGGUCCCUUGUGCUUGCUACAGGAACUGUUCCAUGGCAUAUCCGGAUGAUGCUCGGAUGAAGUUGUUCUCCCGCUUUGUCAAACUAACUUCAAUCAACCAACAACGAUUUCUAUACCGUCACAUCCGAGUUCAUCGAAAACUUAACGCUUCGACAAGAGUGCAGAAGACGUGGUUCUAUUAUCUCCCUUCCAAGCAGGGGUUGGUGAAGGUUUGCGUUGUGAUGUUCACAAAUCUUUUCAAAGUGACGGAGAAAAAGUUACGAGGAUUGGUUAAGCGUAAGUUUUUGAGGAACUUUCCCGAUGAGAGCAACCAAGCGAUGGAGGAAGAAGAUGAGUUGAUGGCAGGUUGCAGCAAACCCCGUAAUGCAAGAGGCAUCGAUUUGAGCGACACUGAUGUACAUCAACCGUUCGCCACAAAUCCGUCAAAUUUGAUCCCAAACAUAGAGUACAGCGAUGACGAAGACGUGGAAGUAAAUUACUCCUACGACUUUCUUAAAAUAGAACCUCAGGACGAAUCAGAAGACAAUAACGCACACGGAGAAAGUUUUAGUUAUUCGGCUUUGAGUUCUAUUUUGGAGCAUGAUGGUCAGCAUCAAUCUAUGAGUGAGUCGAUGCUGACUGGACCAGUCAUCGACGACGAUUUCCUUGAUGAGUAUUUCAUUCAGUUUGAAAUCAACAGCGAUCAGCGCGAGGUAAACGGAAGGAAAAUGAAGCCGAUGACAAGCACAAUGGCGGCCGAUGAAAAUAUAGUCAUGGAGCCAUGCACAUGCGUGAACUUCAAAUGUUUCACUUGGUUGACGGACGAUUUACGGGCCAAAAUCUACAGCAGAUUUUUUCGUCUCCUUCCGAUCAGUCAGAAACGAUUCCUCAUCCAGCUUAUCAGAAAAGAACCCACAAAGCGCUUCAAAAAAGUUUCGAGGCGAAGCUUUAGCAUGUUUUACUACAUGCCCACGAGGAAAGGUCAAAUCAAAGUCUGUAAGGUGAUGUUCAUGAACACAUUUAAAGUAACCGAUAAAAAACUACGAACUCUUCUUAUGAGUGACACUUCAAACCUGCAUGCAGAAGAACCUGGCAAUAUCACUGAAACUGGCGAAAGCAGCUACUUGCACGCUCCACAGAGUGCUCUGGAACCGCCUUCAGGCAUACCAGAUCCGGUCGUUGAUCCGAUCAUUACUGAUGUUAAAGUGGAGCCUGCCUUUACCUUCGAUGAUUGCAAUGAAAACGAUAUCUCCGAACAGACAGAACCUACUGAAACAACCGAUGACUAUUCUACUCAUUCAUCGUCUAUCGCGGAAUAUUUCUCGAGCGGAGAAACUGGCCAAAAUCGGUCGAUUGUUUACUUCGACGAUGCUUUUAUUGAUGAAUAUUUUGCUCCCUACGAAGUCGCCAUGGACAAAGUAAUCUACAAAGCAAGGAAAAAAUGGAUCAGAGCAGAUGCCAACUCGUCUCUUCUACAGCCAUGCCAAUGUAUAAGAAUAUGUAAUAAAAUAUACCCAGAGGAUCUGCGUAUCAAAAUUUUCGAACGGUUCUCAAAAUUGCCAGCAAUGAAUCAACGGCGUUUCCUAUAUCAUCACAUCAAGAGCAAAACUCCGGACAAACGGAAAGAAGAUUCGAGAAAAAGGAAAGUAUGCGUACAUUUUUUGCCCGCCAAUCCAGUUCCGGUGCGAGUCUGUAGAAAACUUUUCAUAAAUACCUUCCAAGUUACGGAGAAAAAGUUGCGAUUGCUGAUGGAAGAGCAAUAUAAACAUAUCUUUGAGAAUGAUAUUGACCACGCGGAAAUAAUGCCGGAUGAUGACUCGAAUUUCUUUGCAAUGCCCUCCGAUGAUGAUGACGAACAGAAGAAAGACUUGAACGAUCUAACGCCGAGCACUGAAAUGCCGAACGACUUGCCGCCAUCCUCAACCAUAGGCUCCAGCAUGGAAGAUCCCAAGCAACCAACCGUUACCGCCGUAGAGUUGGAUGAAGCCUUUCUGAAUGGAUAUUUUCAGGGUUUCCUGAACAAUUCCGUCGAUGAUGAGUCUGAAAGCCGUCGGCCCACAAAAAAAGACGCAGCAAACUAUCAGCCACUGGCGUGUAAUCAGUGUCCACAACAGUGCGAUGUGAAAUACCCGGUCCAUCUGCGCCAAAUGAUUUAUAAAAAGUAUGCAGAAUUGUCCGACAUUGAUCAAAUUCAUUUUGUAGAAAGUCUCAUAAAAGUCAAUAUUCCACAGCGUAAACAGAUUCACACAAAUCAACCAGUAUGCCAUUCAUACACCUGUUACCUACCAAGCAACGCUGGUCGUAUUAAGGUAUGUGUGGAUAUGUUUAAGAACACGUUCAACUUGAAAGAGAAAAUAGUUCAGGAUAUUGUAUACAAAAAACUUCCCGAACUCAGAAGUACUUCGGCAGAAUUUAACUUGCCUGGCGAUGUGAAGAAAUGUGAAUCAUCAGUCAUCGAACUGCAUAAUGAUUCUCCAGUUGAGGUAAAGUUGGAAAAUCCCACAGAAGAAUUGAAUGAAAUGAUUGUGGGAGAAUGAAGAGCGUUCCGUAGCAUCUCAAGAGUAAUGCCAAUAUUAUGAAUAUUUAUUAUCAGUCAGGAUGGUAUAAAUAAGGUACGUACCUAUCAAUACAAUGAAAAUGCUGUUAAAA